AUGAACAGAGACGGGGACAAGAGCGCAAAGACUGCGCUCCGGAGCCAGAAACAACCCAAGGCGCAGCAGCAUGUUUCUGUCCAGAAAAAGAAGAAAGAUCCGACUUCAAAAGAUGCCAAAAGUGUCUCUCAGUCAUGUCAAGGUGACUCUGACAGGGAGGUGAAAUCUACGGGACUGCAGGGAAAACGAGCGGUGAAAGUGUCCCCGGGAGCCGCAGUGGAGGGUCAGAGGAAGCUGUCGGAUGCCAGCAACGCGUCCGAGGACCUGAGCAAAGACUCCGGCUGCCCGUCCGGGAAGCUCUCCACCUCAGACAGCAGCUCAGAGAUAUCCGACUGCCCCUCGGAGGGCAACAAUAAGCACGACUCUCCGAGCAGCGACAAUGAUUUAAGCUGGAUAGACGGUGGAGCUCAUUUGAUCCCGGAGAGCGAGGGGAGAGCCGACGGGAGACGGUGCGUAAAGGUGCCGAGGGACAGCUGCUCCCUCCAGCCUGAUGCUGCCGGAGCCGGUCUUAGUUUGUUCAACUCUACUGGGUCGUUUAUGGAUCUCAUGAUGGGGGAGACAACCGAAGAUCUUGUCCGGGAAGUGGAAGAUUUGAGGUCAGAGAACGAGUAUUUGAAAGAUGAGGUGGAGGAGCUUCGCUGUGAGAUGCUGGAAAUGCGCGACAUGUUCCAGGAAGAGGAGGUGUACCAGCUGCAGGAGCUGCGUCUGCAGCUGGAGCAAGCCAACAAGAGCUGCCGCAUCCUGCAGUACCGCCUCCGCAAGGCCGAGCGCCGCAGCAUCCGAGUGGCUCAGACUGGGCAGGUAGACGGGGAGCUGGUGCUGAGCUUGGAGCACGAUAUCAAGGUUGCAAAGAGCGUGUCCCUCCGGCUGUACAACGAGCUGGAGGCGAUGCGAAAGAAGGAUUCCCGGUUGGAGUGGGAAAAUGAGGCGCUGCGUGAGAAGACUCAGGAACUGGAGGUGGCCAAGCAGGUGUUACAGGCUGAAGUGGAGAAAACCAGAGAGAGCACUCUGAAGAAGAAGAGCAUGCGAUCAUCAGCCAGUAGAGCUGAGAAGAGGCUCUCUCAGCAGAUUGAGGAUGACAGUGCAGACCUCAGGUGCCAACUCCACUUUGCCAAAGAGGAAUUAGCUCUAAUGUGCAAGAAGCUCACCAAGUUGGUGUCAGAGAGCGAGGGCAUGCGUGAGGAGCUGGCCAAAUACCACUCAGCCUACGGCGACAUAGACACCACCCAUUCCCCAGAGGGAAAACAAAACUCUGCCCACGCCAGGGAGGCAGGGGUCAGAGUUCAUCUCAAACUGGUGGAAGAGGAGGCCACGCUCCUGAGCCGGCGAAUCGUCGAACUGGAGGUGGAGAACCGUGGACUGCGAGCAGAAAUGAGCGACCUGAGAGAGAAAAUGGGAAGAGGAGGAGGUGAAGAGGAAGAAGAAGAGAAUCGGGAUGUGUUGGAGGAAAAUCUGUCAGUUUCCACAGGGGUGAUGGACAGAAAGAGAAAUAUUAAUAAAGGAUGCACAUCGUUUGAACAGGGUCAGGACAAGGAAGCAGAGAAAGGUAGAAGUGAUGCUGAGACUUCCUCACAGACUGAUGGGAUGUCUGCUUGUCAUAUUACUCGAGAGGGUCCUGUGGGUGGUGAGUGGGACCCUUCAGACAGUCAUGAGAGUGGUAACAACAAAAAAACUGACAGAGGUCUCAAAGGCAUGACGGUGAAAGACUAUGAAACUCUUCUAUCUCUAAGAGAUCAUUCCAGCAUUUUGAGUUCAGCAAUCCAGCUCCUGACGACGCAGCCAAAAAAUGGCCAAAGCGUAUCUACCUCAUGUGCUUUUACCUCGCCGACAGAGGUGGACUUGAAUGACAAGGCACAUAAGAUAUACCCACCUUCAAAUGAGGCUUUGGAGCUUCUACAGGCCAUGUUGUUGGCUUUCAUUGGGAGAGUGGAGACGCUCCUAACAGGAGAAGAUUUUGGCAAACUCUCCGUUCACAGGGACGGACAUGUUUGGGAUUCCUGCGCUUUCUCCUUUCUCUCUGGAGACUGUACAGAUCGUGACCUCAGAGAGUCACCAAGUACGCAGGAGAGCGUAGAGGACCUACGCACCUCCGAGGUUAAGGAGAGAGAAAAACAAAAGAGACAAUCAACUUCCUUUCAAUCGGACCUCAUUCACAGCUGCAGGGACCCAAAAAUGCAACUGUGCUUGCAGGUUCUUUGGAUCCUCCAUCAGUGGUGCCAAGUUAAAGGACCUGGGCUGGAGGGAAAAGAGGGUAAAGACAAAACCAUGUCUGUGCUGCGGGGCUUGUUGCAAGACCUUGGUUCAGAGCUUCAGGAGGAGUGGAUUGAAUUCAACAGUGAAGCCAAGGGCACGCAGGGCAAGGCAGCUGAGUGUGGCGCCUUUCAUGAUGGAGCUGACAGAAUGAGCAGCUCCAAAUUGAAAAGUCUUAGGCGACAGUUUUCUCCACACGGCUGUAAGAGGAAGAACUGGUGCUAUCUGAGCCAGGAGGCUGCCCAGCUGGACCGAGAGGACCCUGUUAAGACGUGGGACCAUCUAAUCAUGCCGCUUAGCUUCCCUGAUCUCGACUUUGAGCGGAUGUCCAUGGAGAGGAGCCACACUGCCCCGGAGAAAUCCGCCGUCCGCAUCUACUAGCCCCCGUCAGCUCGCAGAGUCCAGCUGGCUCAGCUGAAGCAAAGCCCAGCCGCAGACAGACAGUCUGUCAACUCUGGCUCUCCGUGGUGCACGCCGGCGACCUCCUUCUCUCCGCUCUGUCUGGGCUCAGCUGCCAACCUCAGCGACGACAUGAAGGAAAUGACGGCCAGCUGGAGGCAGACGGUUCAGGGCGGUUCACAGGAGAAGAGAAGGAGAUCACAGCAGCGGUGGGUGGACGUGGCCUGUUCAGGGACUCAGACCCACGUGAAGCCACAGAUGGUGAGUGUUGGUCUGCAGACAGACGGGUCAGUCAAUGUCAGAAGCAGUCCAUCCCGGGUCCUGAGCACCUCCCUGGUUACCGCCCGCCUACACCACAUCUCAACCUCCCUAGACGGAACAAGCCGAGCCGAGAGGUCCAGAGCCUCCACCUCCUCCCCUAAAUGCUACCGGAGACACUCUGCAUCCGGUACAUACUCUCCCACCUCAUCCACCAAUUUGAGCUCCUGCUCCUCAUCUUCAUCCACCUCUAGAGAUCGAGCACUGUGGAGCCAGAACCACCAUAGCCACCCCAACCUCACAUGGACUCGACAAACCACUAACAGAUCCUGUGCAGGACUUAACCACAGCUCUCUGAAUAGCCUCAAGACUCCCAGCAAACCUGCAGGCGGCAACCGCUACGGCAUGGUCACAGAGUUCCUGCGCAGGGUGAGCGGCCGGGCAGAGAAACCGGUACCGGUACCGGGGUCAGGGCAGAAGACAAAGAACGGUCUGAAGAACCUGGAACGCGUUCCAACUAGGCCCCCUGCCGCACCGCUGCACAGAACCGACAGUGUGACAAGGAUCGUAAACCAGAGGUUCAUGAAGCAGCGAGAGGAGGCCGGACGGGCCCAGAAAGAGGAGAAGGGGAGCAGUCAGAGCCUCGGUGUCCGACGCAGCCCGAGUACCGUCACAAUAGAGGAUGGAAACUACGACCACAGCUCCAGCAGCACCCUGACCUUCUGCUUUGCUCGCCCAUCUCGCUCCACCCAGAAACAAACGUCAAACCAGAACAAACUCCUCCGACACAGAUACUCGCCUCCCUCGAGUACGGCUGCACACUCCGACUGUGAGUGACGGGCAGAGAAACAGCAGCUUUUAUUGAUACUUCUGGACAGCUGACAGCGGUCAGAGCCACAGGGAAGGGAAUUUAAAAUGUAAUCUUCAAAUGUAAUUCCUGCUUUACUGAAGGAGGAUUGAACUGAGAGAACUGGUGGCUGUAUGUAGGAAGUUUAGGUUUUUUAGCUCAGUCCUUGUGUUUUUUUUUGGUGCAAUUUAUA